AUGCACUGGGCCGUGUCCUCCUUUCUGCUGUGCGCCACGCUUACGUCACCGGCGUUGCUGGCAACCGCUGCUGCGGCCAAGGACGCCGCCCCUUCGGCGCAGCUCACGGUUCAGGACACGAUGAACGAGGUCCGUCAGGUGCUGCCGGUGUUCGGGCGCAUGCUGCGGCCGGCGUUGCAGUCUGCGCUGGAUCUCCUGAGCCAGCACGUCAGCUACAACGUGCUGGGAGCCCUGGCCGUGCUGCUCACCAGCGCGGCUACGCUGGUCUUCUGGUUCCCGGGUACGCUCGGCUACGUCGGAUUCACGCCGGCGGGCGUCGUGUGGCCGGCGGUGACGCUGAGUAGCACGUUCCGGCCGCUGCCCUACGUGCGUCUGGCCGUCAACGUGAGCCUGCUGACGACGGCCCCAGACGCCAUGGCAACUCCCGCCGAACCCACGCCCGUCCUCGAGGCCGCCACACGUCGCCACGGCUGGUAUGGCAACCGCAGCGAGGACAGCGUCUCGGCGCGCUUCGACGCCGUGCUGAAGCGCUACAACGUGGACCCCGACGCCUGCCUCAAGGUAGCCAUGUGCUCCGUGGGGCGCCUCGGCGCCGAUCGCGGCGACGGGGUGCAGAGCAAGCAGCGCCGCCAAGCCGGCCCUGUCGAGGUUCUCGACUCCAUGCUCAGCUUGACGUUCAUGGACGAGGUGUUGCUGAGCCGCAGCCUACGGAGCGCGCGCCAAGUGGGGGAGGCAGGCGGCGACUGCGACGCCUUCAACCACGGCGGCCGCUGUCCUUUCAACGCGGCUGCUUGGAGAGUCCUGCUGUCCACCAUCAACCGGUCGCUAGCAUAACGCGACACCGUUGUCGCCUUGCCUUACGACGUCAACCCUGGAGAGGAGAUGCGCCCAAUCCUGCGGCCUUUUGGCACCGA